AGGUUUUUGAACUGCUUCGUGAGCAGCUUUGGUACAGGCCAAACUCUGGCAUAUACAUCAAGCUCAUUGUCAUGCUCGGAAAAUGUAAGCAACCUGAGAAAGCCCAUUCUAUAUUUCAGAACAUGAUUGACGAAGGCUGUGUUGUGAACCAUGAAGCUUACACUGCUCUUUUAUCUGCCUACAGUCGAAGUGGGCUUUUUGACAAAGCAUUUUCUAUCCUUGAGCAGAUGAAGAACACUCCUGACUGUCGGCCUGAUGUCUACACAUACUCGAUCCUCUUAAAAUCAUGCCUGCAUGUUUAUGACUUUGACGAAGUACAAGCUUUGCUUUCUGACAUGGCAUCUCAGGGAAUCAAGCCCAACACAAUUACAUAUAAUACCCUCAUCGACGCAUAUGGGAAAGCAAAAAAGUUUGCAGAGAUGGAAUCAACACUCGUGGAAAUGCUGCGCCAACAGGAAUGUGAACCUGAUGUAUGGACCAUGAACUCCACACUAAGAGCGUUUGGCAGCAGUGGGCAAAUAGAAACGAUGGAGAAGUGUUAUGAGAAGUUUCAAUGUGCUGGGAUUCAGCCCAGCAUCAAGACCUUCAACAUACUCUUGGAUUCCUAUGGGAAAACUGGGAAUUACGAGAAAAUGAGCGCUGUGAUGGAAUACAUGCAGAAAUACCACUUCUCGUGGACACUUGUCACUUACAAUAUAGUAAUUGAUGCUUUUGGGCGGGCUGGGGAUUUGAAACAAAUGGAGUUUUUGUUCAGGCUAAUGCAGUCGGAACGGAUAAAACCAAACUGUGUCACUCUGUGUUUGCUUGUAAAGGCUUAUGGGCAAGCUGGAGAGGCUGAAAAAAUUGGGGGUGUUUUGCGAUUUAUUGAAAAUUCCGAUGUGACACUUGACACUGUGUUUUUCAAUUGCCUGGUGGAUGCUUAUGGGGUGAUGGGAUGCUUUGCAGAGAUGAAAGGGAUGCUUGAGAUGAUGGAGAGAAAAGGGUGUAAGCCUGAUAAGAUCACAUAUAGAACCAUGAUUAAAGCUUACUCGCUUAAUAAUAUGACCAGGCAGGUUAAGGAGCUCCGGGAUGUACUUGCUUCAUUGGAGAGGACUUCAUCUCAUUUGAAAGAGCCGUUCUCAUGAUAUCUUACAGCAUUGAUUUCUGAAGAGUUGGGGGUGGCUGCAAUAAAUCGACCAUGUUGGCAGAUGCUAAGGACUGGAGAAUAUCGUAAUUAUCUGAAAGCACCCCAACAUAAACCUACAAGUCAAUUUUUUAGCCUUACUUCUUGUAUCCAACCUGGUGAAGUUACCUCCAAGGCCAACGAAAGUCUAUCUCGUCCCUCGCCAGCCAGGGGGCCGGAACAGGGAUUAGGUAAAUUCCAAGCUUCGAAGUAAAGAUCUUAUAGGUCAGACAAGUGUGGAUUAUACCCUGUUCAGGAAGAGUAUAAAUUAGAGGUUCUUUGUGUGCUGCUUUUUAUGAACACAGUUUUAUCUCCUGUUCUUGUCAAUUCUCAAUUGCUUUGAACAGGUUUUGUAUGAAUGAAUAUAAAUUAGCAAAUAGAAGUGUUUAUAC